ACAAAUUCUAUUAAAGAGAGAGAAAUUUGGUUAUGUUCUUUCACUGUUGAUUAUAUAAUGAAGUUUGUUUAUGUUCGACUUGAAUUUUUAUAUAUUUGAGUUUCAAAUUCCUAUUGCAUAUUAAGAAUGCCAUCUCCGUUAAUCGACAGAAUAUCCAUCGAAUUGGGAGCUCAAGAACCAUGGCCGAAAGAUGUAAAGUUAUUCCAGCCCUAUGAAGUGGAACAGAUUCUUUUGCCAGACAACGCAAACUGUCUGGCAGUCCAGGCGUUUUUGAAAAUGUGCAAUCUUGACUUCCAAGUUGAGCCCCGCGCGAAUGCCGAAGACAUGUCGCCCACCGGCAAAGUGCCAUUUAUUAAAGUGGGAAGAUUUGUUACCGCUGAAUUGGAAGGAAUUGUACAAUUCGUUAAUGGAAAGGAUAUUUCCUUGACUGAUAAGCUGGAUAAUGAACAAAAGUCGGAUCUAAGGGCUUAUAUGUCGUUGAUCAAGAAUGUAAUUGAAGUUGCAGAGCUUUACUACUGCUGGAACGACCGCGAAACCUAUAACGAAGUGACGAGCGUUCGUAAUGGUUCAGUAUACCCGUGGCCUUUAAAUCACAUUAAAAACAUCGAGAAAAAACACCAAGUGGUCAAAAAACUUAAAGUACUCGACUGGUAUCACAAAACCAUAGAAGAAGUACAUCAAGAAGUUCAAAGUUGCUGUGAAGCUCUAAACGUUCGUUUGGAUAACAAACCAUAUUUUUUUGCCGAAGGACCCACCGAACUGGACGCGUUGGUGUUUGGCCACUUAUUUACCAUUUUAACCACUCCGUUGACUAGAAAGGAUCUUGCUAAAAUUGUACGUAGGUAUCCACCUCUCAUUGAUUUGGUGAAACGAAUUGAAAUUGAUUAUUUCAAAAAGGAAUCUGAACAUUUUUGAAGUAAAUAUAUCCAUUUCAUUGCUUCAUUUGUUAAACAAUAUUUUGCUUUUUUGCAAUAAAAGUAAAUGAAACUUUGAGCAGUGGCCUAAAUAUUGGAAAUGCUUGCAAUUAAAUAAGUAAAACAUUUUCUAAUUAAUCGUCCCUAGAAAAUUUAGAGAACAAUGUGCCGUUAUUAAUAAUACUAUAUGAAAAUUUA